CGUUAAAAAUACUUAAUAAAUCCCCGUCUAAACUUACGAGUACUAAGAGUAAUAACUUUACGUUCUUUGGAUUUAUAUGAAAAGUCAUGUUGAACUUGCGCCGAGACCCAAUCCUAAUCGGUCACCAUUCGAUGGUUGGCAACGCUACAAUGACUUGUUGACGUUGUUUCGCCAGCUGAUAACUGUUUACAAAAUAUUACUUUCGCUAAUUUGUAAAUUUUUUCUGCUUAAAUAAAUUGUGCCAAGAGCUUGUCCUCAGAAUGUUUGGUAGCUUGCGGAAAAAACUUAACCAUGUCAUCCAGGAAGGUCUUAUCAUUACCGACAAUUUACAACAACAAUAUCGCCAAAGUUACACUUCUACGCCAAGUAGUAGCGCCACUACACCCACUUUAGAUGAGAGUAUUCACAGCAACCGCAGUUCUAGCUUUUUUAGUGGUCAACUGCCUGGUAGUGAUGUAAUAUUGCCGCCGGAUGUAAAUAUAGCAGCGGGUUGUAAUUUGCUUGCCAAAUACGAAGAUGCCUGGAAGUUGUUGCAUGAAACAAGUGAAAAGAACGCCACUAAAGCAGCAGAGGUAGCCAUUCAAAUCGAACAAAUUGGGCAACGCACAACAGCAUUACAUGUUGAUAUGACAGAUUUAGCGACCUGUUUGUCGGGAAUACCUGCAUUAGUGGAGAAAUUACAAGAAAGUUUAGAAACACUGGGUAAAGUGAGUGAACUAAGUGCAACGAUAGAAACGGAAUUGGAAUGCUUGGAGGAUUUGUGUGAAGAGUGUGAAUUGCAGGAGUUUAUGCUGAAUAAACAGUGCGAAUUAUCACAAUUUCAACAAAUGAAAAUGGUGGAAUUAGAAUCAUAUCGACAGCGUGUGGCUGCGAAACAUCAGGAGAAAAUACGGGAACAUGAACAAAAUUUGCGGCGCAUACAACGUGAACGGCAAGCAGUAUUUGACGAUGCAUUCCGCGGUGAUAUUGCCGAGUACAAAUCAAAAGGUGCACUAACGAAAAUUCAAAAAGAAGAAGUGCCACCGACACCCUCCCUUGCGCUUGAAGAAGUUGUUUUGGAAGAUGCCAAAACUAAAGAUGCGCUUGAAGAGUUUCUCAAUGGAUAACGUCGAGUAAAUUAGAAAGCCAAAAUAAAACCUGAACAAAUUGUAUUUUAUAUGGAAAACC